GAAAUAAGCCGUGCCAGCUUGUUGCUUCCAGGCGUUGCGAUGGAGCGUGGUCCGAAGAAAAGGAAGAGAGAACCUUACAAGACUUACUUAGGUCCCAAGUCGCAGUUUCUGCUACCAAGGAGCACUGCGCGCUCUUGCCUGCAGAGCGACACCAGCACACGCGUGCCUCUUUCGAGUGACGACGCAGACAGUGACACAGAAAGGGCAGAUCCACCAAGUCGAACUGCGUCAGAGAAGAGCUGGGAAAGUGACGUUGAUAGCCCCGGCGAACGCUCGGAAAGUGAUGAAGAUUUCCCCGAGUCCGAUAAUGAGCCGGCAACGUCAAGUGUCGACCAGUUAGGCUCGUCAGCUGGCAGCACUUUGACAGCUCCUGCUGCAGCCCCAGAAGCACAAGAGCAGAGAAACAGUGGUCAUACGUCACAGGACUUUCCUGCGCGCCUGCCUGACGCCCCAUCAGAUGAAGAAGCCCCACUUCAAGACAGCAUCGCAAGCUUUUCCGAUGCAGAUGAUCCAUCACUGUUUGAUGAGGACGAAGAGGAUGUUAUUUUAGAUGAUCAUGCUCCACAGCAAGGUUUCCCUGGAGACUCCCUCAGAUUGGAUGAUGACAUGCAAGCUGCUCCUGAUCCACUGACGGAGCCUGACCCUUAUUGCAAGGCACGCUUUGGAGACCUUUUUACAGACAUUGUCACUGAGAAAGUGGUGCUUUCAAAGGGAGAUAUCCUCCUUAUGGCAUUAAAGCAUGCUGUGAAGAAUAAUUUGACUCUCACAGGCUUAACUAGUUUAAUAGACCUCAUCAACAGAAUUUUUGACAAGCCUAUAUUGCCUCACCCACGGUAUCACCUACAUAAACUUCUUAACAAAACUGGCACCACUAUGACUUUUUUCUUUUUUUGUCCAAAAUGUUUUUCGCACAUUGGCAGUGUUCAGACAAAUUCCUACUUGAAAUGCUUGGAGUGCAAUCACACAACUUUUGUGUCUUCCCUCUCGGAUGCUCCCUUUUUUGUCACUCUUGAUGUUGAGUCACAACAUCAAAGGUUGCUAAAAGACUGUGAUCUCCUUGAUUUAACAAAGCCCCUUCCACCGAACAGGACAUUUUCAGACAUCUGGGAUGGUAAAAUGUAUCGAACUUUUGUAGCCGCAACUCAACACUGUGGACCAAGAAUCAGUUUUUCAUUGAAUGCAGACGGGACCCCACUUUUUAAAUCAAGUGGAACAUCAAUUUGGCCCAUUCAGCUAAUUGUAAAUGAGCUCCCUCCACAGCAAAGAAUGUCGAAACUGGUCCUGGCUGCAUUGUGGUUCUGGAAAGAAAAGCCGAACAUGGCACUUUUUCAAGGUACCUUUGUCGAAAAAAUGAACGAGCUGUGCGAGAAGGGCGUUGAAUUGCAACGUCAAGGAAAAGUAGAACAAUAUAAAGUGUACUGUAUCUGUUCCAGUGUAGAUUCAGUUGCCAGGGCACCGAUGCAAGGCGUGACCCAAUUUAAUGGGUAUUUUGGAUGUAAUUGGUGUCUGCAAAAAGGUGAAAGAGCUGGUGGGGCAACUAAAUACCCAGUUCAGGAAGUUGAACCUCCCGAGAGAACAGAACUGCAGAUGCUGACUGACAUGGAGGUGGCUCUGAAAGGGGGAGUGGCUGUUCAUGGGGUCAAAACGGUGUCGCCACUGAUAAGCCUGCCCCAUUUCAACAUAGUGUGGAGCUUUGUGCCAGACUACAUGCACUGCGUCUUGCUGGGAGUAGCGCGCCAGUUUUUAGAACUAUGGUUCAACUCCGACAGCGAAUGUUCUAUAAGCCGACAGCAGCACAUAGUGGACCAUAGGCUUAUGUCUAUUAAGCCACCAAUGGAUGUGAGGCGAAUGCCGAGGCCUACAGAAGAGCGGAAAUGGUGGAAGGCCAAGGAGCUGGAAAACUGGCUUCUUUGCUACAGUGUGCCUGUUCUACAUGGCAUUCUGGAUAAGGCAUACUUGCAGCACUGGGCCUGCCUAGUCGAAGCCUUGCAUAUUAUGUUGCAGCACACAAUUAGCCCCGCCGAGCUUGCCAUUGCCGAGGAGCUAUUCCUGGAGUUCCACGUGCGUGCCGAAGUGCUGUUUGGCAAGUCAUUUAUGACUUUCAAUAUGCACCAGCUUACUCACAUAGUAAAGAGUGUGCGCCUUUGGGGACCCCUCUGGACCCACAGUGCGUUCCCAUUUGAGGCUGGGAAUGGCAGCCUGAAAGGAGCUGUGAAAGCUGCGAACGGAAUUGCUCAUCAAGUCUGCCGAGUCCUACAGAUGGAUAACAUGGUUGUAGAGCUUCAAGAUCUGGCUGUUAACCCAAGUGUAGCCGAGUACUGCGCAUCUUUUGAUGGCACGUCAACACAAAAAAGCACACUUAGCUGUGAUGGCUUUCGUUUUUUUGGACGCGGUUCCCAGCAUGCACCAGCAGGCUUGCAGUCAUCUCGGCAUGGAACUACCCUUGAGUUCACCAAGUACAGACGAAUGCUGACCAAGGGUUCAAUUAUCACUGACAGCAUGUAUGCAUCCAACAAGAGAACUGACAGUUCUGUUGUAAUACUUCAGGAUGGGUGUUUUUCAGUCAUUGAAGGAAUCUAUCAUGGCAGUGACAACAAAGCAUAUAUCUCCACAAGAAAAUUAAGCUGCACUCCAGUAAAGUACAACUUGGUGACCAUGUGUCAUGUGCUGAAAGUAAAUCGCAAGGCAGCAAAUACGUCCCUAAUCCAAUGUUCAGAAAUAAGCCAGGUUGUAGUGUUUGUGGACCUCGAAAGUGCUUCCUAUGUAUGCUUGCCUCCUAGUUCCGUUACACUGUAAUAUAUUUAAAGCGAAACACUUUUGCUGUGUCAGUUUUAA